CUCAAGAUAUGUCCAGCCAAACAAACAAAGGGAUUCCAUUUUCACAUGGACCCGAUGGCAUUGGGUACAAACUACUUGAGCUUCCUCCAGAGCUUGUUGCGCUUCUGGAGGGUGAGAAUCCACCAUCACUGAAACUAAAGUCUUCGCCAGCCGCUGCCCUACUUGAAGCAGAUGGCAAGACAUACUCGCUGAGACAAAAGAACACGUCCAAUUCUCUCAUUAUUCUCCGACCUGUUGAUGAGAUUGCUCAAGACUCCAUUGCGACCUCAAGUACGUGCACGGAAACGGGUAUGUGUGCGAUAGCCAGCGUGCACGAGACUGUUGAGCUUCUACCGGAAAAUGGACCAGUUCCGGCGGCAGCCAAGCCCAAAGGUAAAUGGCAUGAAAAAUUUGGCCGGACGAGGUAG